AUGCAGAUAGAGCUCAAAAGCAUGGCAUGGAUGAAUUUAUCUCUUCCAAUCCCUGUAACUUUGACCACGCUUCACUCUUUGAGAUGGUUCAGCGCCUCACUUUGGACCACAGACUUAAUGAUUCCUAUUCUUGUCUGGGCUGGUUUAGUCCUGGCCAGGUCUUUGUGCUAGAUGAGUAUUGUGCACGUAAUGGAGUGAGAGGCUGUCACAGACAUCUCUGCUACCUCAGAGAUUUGCUAGAGCGCGCAGAAAACGGAGCUAUGAUUGACCCCACCUUACUUCACUACAGCUUUGCCUUUUGUGCAUCACAUGUUCAUGGCAACAGACCUGACGGGAUAGGAACCGUGACCGUAGACGAGAAAGAGCGUUUCGAAGAGAUCAAGGAGCGGCUUCGUUUGCUUCUGGAGAAUCAGAUCACGCAUUUUAGGUACUGCUUUCCAUUUGGCCGUCCAGAAGGCGCACUAAAAGCUACUCUAUCGCUGCUGGAAAGGGUUCUGAUGAAAGACAUAGUUACUCCGGUCCCUCAAGAGGAGGUAAAAACAGUCAUCCGUAAAUGCUUGGAGCAAGCAGCUCUAGUCAAUUAUACUCGACUAUCAGAGUAUGCCAAAAUUGAAGAGAAUCAAAAGGACGCAGAAAAUGUAGGCCGGUUAGUCACACCAGCUAAAAAGUUAGAAGAUACAAUACGUCUGGCAGAAUUGGUAAUUGAAGUCCUACAGCAAAACGAAGAACACCAUGCGGAGGGGAAAGAGGCCUUUGCUUGGUGGUCAGACUUAAUGGUUGAGCAUGCGGAGACCUUCCUGUCACUGUUUGCAGUGGAUAUGGAUGCUGCGUUAGAGGUGCAACCCCCAGACACCUGGGACAGCUUUCCGCUCUUUCAGCUUCUAAACGAUUCCCUCCGUAGUGACUAUAAUUUGUGCAAUGGAAAAUUCCACAAACACCUCCAAGACCUGUUUGCUCCACUUGUUGUUAGAUAUGUCGAUCUGAUGGAGUCCUCAAUUGCACAGUCAAUUCACAGGGGCUUUGAGCGGGAGUCAUGGGAGCCAGUAAAGAGUUUAACAAGUAAUCUGCCCAAUGUGAAUCUACCAAAUGUGAAUCUCCCUAAAGUACCAAAUCUACCAGUUAACAUCCCACUAGGCAUCCCACAAAUGCCUAGCUUUUCUGCACCGUCAUGGAUGGCUGCUAUUUAUGAUUCUGACAAUGGAUCAGGCACCUCGGAAGAUCUGUUCUGGAAACUUGAUGCCCUACAGACCUUCAUUCGGGAUUUACACUGGCCUGAGGAGGAGUUUGGAAAACACUUAGAGCAACGCUUGAAGCUUAUGGCGAGUGACAUGAUCGAGUCCUGCGUGAAGAGAACCAGGAUUGCAUUUGAAGUAAAGCUGCAAAAAACCAGCCGAUCAACAGAUUUCCGAGUCCCUCAAUCAAUAUGCACCAUGUUUAAUGUCAUGGUGGAUGCCAAAGCUCAGUCAACAAAGCUUUGCAGUAUGGAAAUGGGCCAAGAGCACCAGUACCAUUCAAAAAUAGAUGAACUAAUUGAGGAAACCGUCAAAGAAAUGAUAACACUCCUAGUGGCAAAGUUUGUCACCAUUUUGGAAGGAGUCUUGGCCAAACUGUCUAGAUACGAUGAAGGAACUUUGUUUUCUUCUUUCCUGUCAUUUACUGUGAAGGCCGCUUCCAAAUACGUGGAUGUACCCAAGCCGGGGAUGGAUGUUGCUGAUGCCUAUGUGACAUUUGUCCGCCACUCUCAGGAUGUCCUGCGUGAUAAGGUCAAUGAGGAGAUGUAUAUAGAAAGGUUAUUUGAUCAAUGGUACACCAGCUCGAUGAAUGUUGUCUGCACCUGGCUGACAGACCGCAUGGACCUGCAGCUUCACAUUUACCAACUGAAAACUCUCAUUAGGAUAGUAAAGAAAACGUACCGGGAUUUCCGACUGCAAGGCGUGCUGGAUUCCACCUUAAACAGCAAAACCUACGAGACCAUCCGGAACCGGCUGACGGUAGAGGAGGCCACGGCAUCGGUCAGCGAAGGCGGAGGGCUCCAGGGGAUCACCAUGAAGGACAGCGAUGAGGAAGAUGAAGAGGACGACUAGGGAAGCUGGCCCGGAGGACCGGCUGGGGGUCGCCUGGUAUCCAUGCAUGUACCUCGUCUGUAACUCAGUUAGCCACAUUAGGAAUUUUUAUGUCAGCUCUAAAUGCCCAUGAGAAGUUUACCAAUACAAAUGCCAUGUUAGCUGUGUGGUAAUAAGAUUAGCACCUCUCUUUGAUUCAUCGGUUUCCUAAUUUCAUAUCUAUAUGUUCAUAAGCAAUAUGGAGCACCAUCGUUUAAUACUGUUAAUGGAAAAACUACAUAGAAAACAUGCUAGGUGUGUCCCUGUUAUAAUUAAAGUUUAAACAAUGCUUCAUUAAUGUACUGUAUAUACAUUGAUGGUAAAUUGUUGUGAAGAUGAGUGAAUCGAGUCCUUUCAUUUCUUUGUUUCUCUUCUGUGGAUGCCAACUGCUUAAAAUUAAUAAAAAAACAGCUUUGUUUUUAAAAGAAGAAUGAGGCAAUUACAAAUGAUUUUUUUGUUCUCUCUGUUCAUUUAAAAACCAGAAAACAAACAAACCCAGACAGCCGUUUGAAUCAUUCUGCAUCCUUGUUAAUGUACCAGGCUCUUCCCUUCAAUAUGCAGUUAACUCCAUAGAGGCUACAUCCCAAAGGAUUAGUCAUUCUAAUUGCCACACCAGAUUAAUCCUAUCAUUAUGGAUAUAUCAUGCCACAUUACAAGUCCAAAGCAGUUGUUUUAUGUUGACGUUUGCUCCUCUAAAUGUUACAUUUUUGUUUAAAUUUCAAAUAACCAUGUAUGUACAAAGACAACUUUAAUUACAAUCUUAGACUAUACAAAUGUGUUUAUAAUAAUAUAUUGAAUAUUUAUUUCGGUAGAUUGUAACCAUAAUUUACAAUUCCUCUGUUUCACAAUGGUUUUUAUAUAUGUCAUGUACGUUGCAUUUUGACCAGUAACUGCAUGUCCAUCAGUUCCCUCCUCCAGAGCUUUUACUUUCUGUGUAAAAUAGUGAUCCAUCUUGCUUUUUUUGCCUUAUACAAGCCGACAGUUGUAAAAGUGUGAGAACUGUGGCUUCUCAAUAAAUAACUAUUCAGAUGUCCUAAGAAUAAAUUAUGGAGUCUUUUUAUGUCUGCCUUAGAAAAAAAAAAUAAAUUACAAGCUGAGAUGUAAGAGCCCCCACCUCUCAGAAUAAAGGCAUUUUCUUUUCUCA